GUUAAGUAUUUGCAUCCCGGUGGGUGGGACGAGAGAGCCGCUGUUCACAUAUAAACGUUUAGUUUCCUGCCACCGUGACGCUUCACCCUCUCGUCGGGCUUUCACGCCGAGUAAAGCGCCUUCAGCACAGCUUUCUGCACCUUCCGUUUGGAAAUCCGCACUCCUUCUACAAUGGCAGCGAUUGGAAACCGUGGAACAGUGACUGAGGCGGCGGGUUUUGACCCAGAGGCAGAUGCUCAGAAGCUUAGACAAGCCAUGAAGGGAGUUGGCACCAAUGAGGCAGCUAUCAUUGAGGUCCUGCCACACCGCACUAUUGCCCAGAGGCAGCGUAUCAAAGAGGCCUACAAACAAGCAGUGGGGAAGGACCUGGCUGAUGAGCUGUCCUCAGAGCUGAGUGGGAACUUCAGGAGCGUUGUUCUAGGUCUGCUCAUGCUGGCCCCUGUGUACGAUGCCUAUGAGCUGAGGACAUCAAUGAAGGGGGCUGGAACAGAAGAGGCUUGUCUCAUCGAUAUUCUCGCUUCAAGGUCAAACGCUGAAAUACAAACCAUCAAUGCUUUCUACAAGAAAGAACACGGAAAAUCCUUGGAAGACGCUGUGUGUGGGGACACAUCUGGAAUGUUUCAGAGGGUUUUGGUCUCUUUACUCACGGCCGGCCGGGACGAAAGCGACAAAGUGGACGAGGCCCAGGCUGUUAAAGAUGCCAAGGAAAUUUAUGAGGCUGGUGAGGCUCGAUGGGGCACGGAUGAGGUUAAGUUCCUCACGGUGCUUUGUGUGAGGAACCGAAGCCACCUGCUGCGAGUGUUCGAGGAGUAUCAGAAGAUUUCUGGAAGAGACAUCGAGGACAGCAUCAAGAGGGAGAUGUCUGGCUGUCUGGAGGACGUCUUUCUGGCCAUAGUGAAAUGCAUAAGGAACAAGCCGACAUUCUUUGCAGAGCGAUUAUACAAAUCAAUGAAGGGGCUGGGCACUACAGAUAGUGUCCUCAUCAGAAUAAUGGUUGCUAGGGCCGAGAUUGACAUGUUGGACAUUAAGGCGCAGUUCCUGAAGAUGUAUGGCAAGACUCUGUACUCCUUCAUCAAGGGAGACACAUCUGGUGACUACCGCAAAAUCCUGCUGGAGCUGUGUGGAGGCGAGUAAAAGGGACGUCAGAACGUCCAGCUCCGUCUUUUAUUCUGCAGACCACAUUAUGAGCUUUUUUUCUGCUGAUGACUUGCUGUUUCUGUCCUUUUUCUUCCUCCGUGGCCUUCGCAUUUCACUGAUUGACCGCAGUGCCUUGUUUUACUGUUUGUACUGUUGUACCAAUUAAACCAAAGACCAGUGACCUUUUA